CGACUAGGUUGGCUCUCCGGCCGCACGUUUAUAGCCCCAGGAGGAGGCGGGACGCUGUGGGCAGCGGUGCGGGCGGUACCCCCGCCCGACCCGGCCCCUGACACCACGGGGCGCUCUGGUUCGGCCGGGGCAACCCCGCUCCCUCCCUCCCGCCGCCCCGCCCGGCCCGAGGUCCGGAGGCGCCCGGCUGCCGCCGCGGCUGCCCCCUGCUCCAAGGGGCGGUCCAGCGCCUUCCUCCGGGAGGGCCGGGCUCGGCGGGGCAGGGACGGGACGGGACGCGGCGGAGAGCGGCGCGGAAUUAGUGCUCUCCAUCCUUGCUGCGUGUGCGGGAUGAGCGCGGUGCUGCGGGGAGCCCUGCGGCGGCUGCAGCCCCCGCACCGGCCCGGGCCCCUCGGCGCCCAGGGGCGUAAAGAAGCCUCAUCUCCUUCCUUAGGGAAAGACAGAGCAGAUACAGUGAUCAUUGGAGGUGGUUGUGUUGGUGUGAGUCUAGCCUAUCACUUGGCUAAAGCUGGCUUGAAGGAUGUUGUUCUGCUAGAAAAAUCUGAGCUCACUGCAGGAUCUACCUGGCAUGCAGCUGGUUUAACUACUUAUUUUCAUCCUGGAAUAAACCUGAAGAAAAUCCAUGCUUACAGCAUCAAACUCUAUGAAAAGCUGGAAGAAGAGACGGGACAGCCUGUGGGGUUUCAUCAGCCUGGCAGUAUCAGAAUUGCUUCAACUCCUACUAGGGUGGAUGAAUUCAAAUACCAAAUGACUCGUGCUGGUUGGCACCCAACAGAGCAAUAUUUAAUCACGCCUGAGAAAGUGCAAGAGCUAUUUCCCUUAUUGAAUAUGGAUAAGGUUUUAGCUGGCCUGUAUAACCCUGGAGAUGGUCAUAUUGAUCCUUAUUCUCUAACUAUGGCCUUGGCUGCAGGAGCCAGAAAAUAUGGUGCUCAAUUAAAUUAUCCUGUGCAAGUGACUAAUCUGAACUCCCGAUCGGAUGGGACGUGGGAAGUUGAAACUCCACUUGGAAUAAUCCAAGCAAAGAGAAUUGUGAAUACUGCAGGCUUCUGGGCCCGUGACAUAGGCAAGAUGAUUGGCCUGCAGCACCCUCUCAUACCUGUUCAUCAUCAGUAUGUUGUAACAUCAACUGUCCCUGAAGUGAAAGCCCUAAAAAAAGAAUUGCCUGUGAUUCGUGACUUAGAAGGAUCAUAUUAUCUAAGGCAAGAAAGGGAUGGUCUUUUAUUUGGUCCAUACGAAAGUGAGGAGAAAAUGAAGCUGCAAGAGUCAUGGGUAACAAAUGGAGUUCCACCAGGAUUUGGAAAAGAACUUUUUGAGUCUGAUUUAGACAGAAUAAUGGAGCAUAUUGAGGCUGCUAUGGAAAUGGUCCCUGUUUUGAGAAAAGCAGACAUCAUAAACACAAUUGCAGGUCCUAUCACCUAUUCUCCAGACAUUCUUCCUAUGGUAGGACCACAUCAGGGUGUCAGAAAUUACUGGGUAGCUAUUGGUUUCGGGUAUGGCAUUAUACAUGCUGGUGGCAUGGGAAAGUACCUCAGUGACUGGAUCCUUGAAGGUGAACCUCCAUUUGACCUGAUAGAAGUAGAUCCAAACCGCUAUGGAAAGUGGACCACUACAGAAUACACAGCAGCCAAAGCAAGAGAAUCUUAUGGCUUUAAUAACAUUGUUGGCUACCCUAAAGAAGAAAGAUUUGCUGGGAGACCAACAGAGAGAACCAGUGGGCUGUAUAAUUUGCUUAAGUCAAAAUGUUCAAUGGGAUUCCAUGCAGGAUGGGAGCAACCUCAUUGGUUCUAUAAACUUGGAGAUGAGACUGGAUACAGACCCAGUUUUCGGCGCACAAAUUGGUUUGACCCUGUGGGUCGUGAGUACAAACAAGUUAUGGAAAAAGUUGGUGUGAUUGACCUGUCACCAUUUGGCAAGUUUAAAGUAAAAGGCACAGAUUCUGUUAAACUGCUUGAUCAUCUAUUUGCAAAUGUUGUUCCAAAGGUGGGUUCCACAAAUAUAAGCCAUAUGUUAACACCAAGAGGAAAAGUUUAUGCUGAGCUAACUGUCUCUCAACUGUUUCCUGGAGAAUUCAUGCUUGUGACUGGGUCAGGGUCAGAACUCCAUGAUCUGAGAUGGAUAGAAGAGAAAAUAACAAGAGGUGGAUACAAGGUUGAAAUAGAAAACAAGACAGAUGAGAUGGGAGUACUUAGUGUAGCAGGUCCAUAUGCACGACAGGUCCUCCAGAAAUUGACAAAUGAAGACCUAAGUGAUGCUUCAUUUAAGUUUCUCCAGUGUAGACAUCUGAAACUUUCCAAUAUUGCUGUUACUGCCAUUAGGAUAUCUUACACAGGUGAAUUGGGCUGGGAGCUCUACCAUAGAAAAGAAGAUUCUGUACCUCUUUACAGUGCAAUCAUGGAAGCUGGCCAAAAAGAGGGAAUUGAUAACUUUGGAACAUAUGCUCUAAAUGCUUUGAGGCUGGAAAAGGGUUUCCGAGCCUGGGGAGCAGAGAUGAACUGUGACACUAAUCCCUUGGAAGCUGGACUGGAGUAUUUUGUAAAGCUAAACAAGGUUAUUGGCAAUACCACAUCUGGAUGUUUCAGCUAUGGAUCUCAGCAGAGUCUAGCUUUCGCAUAUGUUCCCAUGGAACUCAGCAAAGUUGGACAGAAAUUGGAAGUUGAACUUUUAGGUAAAAAUUAUCCAGCAACCAUUAUACAGGAGCCACUGGUGCUGACUGAACCAACAAGAAUGCGCCUUCAGAGAAAGGGUGAAAGUCCCAAAAUAUAAACACAGAUGAGGAUACAGCAAAUUGUGCAGUAGGAAAUAGUGCCAUUAAUAUGCAUAAAAUUAAGAUAAUUAAACUACUCACUUUUUCUAGUUACUAAACUCAAGAUCUUCAUUGCCAUAUACGAGAAAUUCAAUGGCAUUACUUCCUAAUUCCCUGUAUGCGCUGUUCACAUUAGAGAACUGAACAGAGUUGAUGAGCUGCCAUGUUCUGCUUCCCAGGAGCACUUGAGAGCAGAAAGUGGCAGGGAAUGAGUACAUAAUUGAUUCAGCUUGUUCCCACAUUGGCUGGCAUAUCUGUGUUAAUCCAUAUGAGAAAUGUGCUCUUGAUUCUGUCCAAUAGCAAAUUCCUCUCCCUCCCUCACACUCACAGUUCCUCCUUUGCCUACCCUUGAGGUAAAGUAGCUUAUGCUGUCUUCUUUACACAUGAAUAUCAAACUUACCAUAAAAUCAUGUCACUAGUUCUACACAGAAUGCUUCAUAAGGAAUUGAAAAACAUCCCAUUAACCAUUAAAAUAAUAAAGGCAUUACUAAAGGUAAA